AGGCACACUCCAGUCUCCAGGUCAUGAUGGGUCGCGGGCCGAGUCUAUAUCGGCGGGUAUAAGAUUCCCAGCGUGGACAUCCUCAUGAUGUAAAUUCAGCAUGACAGCGGUGUGCUCGCCUACCUACUGUGUUUGUCUCAGCUUGACAGCAUCGUUGUCUUCUCGCAAUGGCGCCUCUCUCACUCAAGCAGGCGGCCCUGGCAGCCCUGUCCUUCUGUGCGCUCCUUGUGCAAGCUACGCCGGUGCCCGCAGCCGAUGCUGAGGUCGACAAGCGGCAGGCCUCGGGCUACAAGAACAUUGUCUACUUCACCAACUGGGGCAUCUACGGCCGCAACUACCAGCCCGCUCAGCUCCCCGUGUCCCAGAUCACGCACGCGCUCUACUCGUUCGCCAACCUCCGGCCGUCUGGUGAAGUCUACCUGUCCGACACAUAUGCCGACCUCGACAAGCAUUAUCCAGGAGACUCCUGGAACGACGUCGGCAAGAACGUCUACGGCUGCGUUAAGCAACUCUUCCUGCUCAAGAAAUCCAACCGGCACUUCAAAACCCUCCUGAGCAUCGGCGGAUGGACCUACUCCACCAACUUCGCCGCCGCAGCCUCCACACCCACCACGCGCGCCCUCUUCGCCUCCUCCGCCGUCCGUCUCCUAGCCGACCUCGGCUUCGACGGUCUCGACAUCGACUGGGAAUACCCGCAAAACGCAGUUGAAGCAAACAACUUCAUUUUGCUCUUACAAGCCGUGCGCUCAGCUCUAGACUCCUACUCCCGCCAGUACGCCGGCGGUUACCACUUCCUGUUAACCAUUGCCUCCCCCGCCGGCCCCACAAACUACAACAAACUCCCCCUCAAGACCCUGGCAGACAACAUCGAUUUCUUCAACCUCAUGGCCUACGACUACGCCGGCUCCUGGGACUCCCUUGCGGGCCACCAAGCCAACAUCUACCCGACCAACGCGAGCGCAACACCAUUCUCCACCGACGCCGCGGUGCGUGAUUACCUCUCCGCCGGCGUGCCCCCAUCCAAAAUCGUUCUCGGCAUGCCCAUCUACGGCCGGUCCUUCGCCAACACUGCGGGCCUCGGGCAACCCUUUUCCGGCGUCGGCUCCGGCAGCUGGGAGGCGGGCGUGUGGGAUUACAAAGCCCUGCCCAAGGCGGGCGCGCAGGUGAUUUACGAUUCGGCUGCGGGUGCGACGUACAGCUAUGACGCGGCUGCGAGGGAAUUGGUUUCGUAUGACACGCCGGAUAUGAUUUCACGGAAGGUGGAUUAUUUGGCUGGGAAGGGGUUGGCCGGGAGUAUGUUUUGGGAGGCGUCGGCGGAUAGGACGGAUGGGAGUUCGUUGAUUGGGACGAGUUGGUCGAAGUUGAGUCAGAAGGGCGCGGUGGAUAGGACUCAGAAUUUGUUGAGUUAUCCGGAUAGUGUGUAUGAUAAUCUCAGGGCCGGGUUUCCGUAAGGGAACUUAAGGGGUCAGGGUGAACGGGCAGGGGGGAAGGGUUCCCGUCAGUGGUCAAGGGGUUUAGGGGGGUUGUUGUGGCGUUUGGCCGAGCUGUACAUACAUAUCAUCGGCGGAUCGUUCGUUUGUUUCAUAUGUAUAUACAUAUUCGCUUCUAAG